CUCUGGAUCUGACUGAAGCAGAGGAGGUUAAACCAGAAAAUUUAAAUUUCUCUUUUUGAUUCAACUGGAUUAUUAUCAUUAAACCAACUGGGACCACAGCGAGACACAUGGCGCUCCUGAGGUCAGGCUGGCUGUGGAGACAGACUUCUGUCCUGAAGCGCUGGAAGUUAAACUGGUGCGACCUUUGGAUUGAUGGGAGUCUCUGCUUCUACAAGACCGACAGCAGGCGAGAGCUGCAGCAUCGCGUCAGCCUCAAGACGGCAUGUGUAGAUGUGAAGUCUGGCCUGGAAUGUGGAGACGUGACUCCACCGGAGAGCAACCCCAGAGAGAAUCGCAUCGUGGUCCAGCUCAGAGACGGCUCAUCGGUCAACCUGUGUGCUAACAGUGAGGAUGAAUCCAUAGCCUGGAAACUGACUCUGCUGGAGACCAGGAGGAACCCGGUGUUCACAUACGACCCAUAUGAUGACUCCUACCAGGCUGUCCCCAUCAACAGCUACCACACUGUCUACAUCACACCUGGAGCUGGACCAGGAACCCACCAGGUGAUCGUUCAGAGGGACCCGUUUGAUGGACUGAUGGAGCAUGUAGCACUGGGAUUACUGGCAGGCAUGGCGGCAGGGACGGCCAUGCGAUCCUUCCUCUGGAUGCCCUUCCUUUUCUGCUGAUCUCCAGCACAGACAUGACAACACUGCACACAGUCUGUCUGUGGGCAGAGGCCUGACAUCAUGAGUAGAAAUGGUCUUUAUAUCACCUCUUUGAAAUCACGUCUGCUGUAACAAACAGCUGCUCCUCUGGUUCUUCUCUUUUUGUCUCGUCUGCGCUUUGGAUGCUCCUCUUUGUUAUUUUCCUGCUUGUAUAUACAACACACUGAAUCUACUCAUGAGCAUUUGCAAACGUCAGGAAGUCAGUUUUGUAUCUGAACGUUCUUUAAUGUACUGCCUGAAUUUUACACGUUGCAAAGCUUGAGUAUAGUUUGUAAAAUGUGUAGCCUGCAUGAGAAAAUAAACUGAUGACUUAAAUAUAAUUAGAAAUAUGAUCUAAAAUCAUUGGUUGUCUGCAUAAAACAAACAAUUCAUACACAACCAGUCAUGGAGGAGGGAACUGAGGUGCUGCUGACCCCUUGAGUGCUACAGUAAUAAUUUUAACACCAGUCCAGUAAAAAAGAGCCUAAACCACCUCUCCAACACAGACCCAAAGUGAACUGAAGGCUGUUCUAGAACCAAUGAAGUACAUGUAUUCUGGUCUCUUUUGAAAGGCAACACUUCUAUCCCCUGCAGUCAAAAACCCUGUAAGUGCUUCUGGCAAUGAGUAAUACAAGUUUGAACACACUGAAGUUGAAAGUUUUUUCUUCCACCUGAAUUAUUUAUUUAUUUUUGCAAAUAGAUACCUGCAGAUGAAUAUACCUGGGCCCUAUUAGCUGGAAAACACAAUGGGACCACAGCACGAAACGGUAUAUCUAGUCAUUGUCCAAAAAAAGUUUUUUUAAAGGUUUAAUUUAAAGUAUCUAUAUGUAUAUUUGGGCUAUAUAUCCUUAUAUUGAGGUCAUUUAUUGCUGUUUAUAACAGUAGUGGCAGAUCAGUGUGCUCAGAAUUUCAUUAGCUAAUUGAAACGUCAGUCAUCUGCAAAAUCGUUUGUGAUUGGCUUAAAUCUUCACACAGAAGAAAAGGAGGUCUUGUUUAACUUUGAAAGUUAUUGACUGUCUGGUUGCUAGGCUUCACAUGGAAGAUCAUGAUUGGUCAACUAAGGUGUCAUUUGAAAGCUGAGACUCCACAGAGUAACUGGAGACGGAUGACAGUAGUCUGAAGGUGAAACAGUGAAAGCACAGAAGACAAGCGGAAGACAAGCACAUUGGCUGCUAAUCCGAAAGGAGCAUCUUUCUGUGGAUUAUUAUCAUGUUCUGGACUAAAUAUUUUUACUGCAGUGGAUCUUCUGGACCUUUGUGAAUGUUUCCAGACCGCUUUUGUCAGAGUGUUAUUGAUCUGUGAAUCACUGAGAGACAUGACCAGCAUGUUGCCUCAAUGUUCCCUCAUUUAAAAAAUGGUUGUUUGUCUGCUGUUGGCGUUUAUUGAGCCUCCUGUUGUGAUUUUAUCUUGAAAUGCUUUGCAUCAGUGGAUUCAAAACAAUCUUAGAUUUCUAACUGUGCGUAAUAUGAGUUUAAAUGUGAAUGUAGUGCUUGUUUCAAUAG